GCAGUGUGAAAAUUGUGUGUUUAUAAUCAAUUUUAACUUAAAUUAUUAAAUAAAUCUGAGGCAAGAGUAAUUAAAAAUGCCCUUACUAGAAUCGGAUAACGCCAAUGAGCAAUUCUAUAAUGAGCAAUCCAAGCCGAUGUCCGGGCCCAUCAUUGGCAUCAUAUACCCGCCACCGGAAGUUAGAAAUAUUGUUGAUAAGACCGCCAGCUUCGUUGCGCGGAAUGGACCGGAGUUUGAGGCUCGCAUCCGGCAAAACGAGCUUGGCAAUCCGAAAUUUAACUUCUUGAACGGAGGAGAUCCAUAUCAUGCGUAUUACCGGCACAAGGUUAAUGAAUUCCGAGAAGGCAAUGAUAACAGCAGCUCGGCUGUAAGCGGCAUAAAGCAGUUAGCCGUGACGAGUGCUGCGCAGCAACGGCAGCAGGAGCUCUUAAAGCAGGUAGUGGAACAGCAGUUCGUACCAAAGGAGCCGCCACCUGAGUUCGAAUUCAUCGCUGAUCCUCCUUCGAUUUCCGCAUUAGACUUAGACAUCGUCAAAUUAACCGCUCAGUUUGUGGCCCGAAAUGGACGACAGUUUCUCACGAAUCUAAUGAGCAGGGAACAGCGAAAUUUUCAAUUUGAUUUCCUCAGACCCCAGCACUCGCUAUUUCAAUAUUUUACCAAGCUAUUGGAGCAAUACACCAAAGUGCUGAUUCCUCCAAAAGAUCUACUGGCAAAGUUGCGUGCGGAGAGUGCCCCCGGGCGGGCAAGUAUGGUCCAAGUGCUGGAGCAGGUCAAAUAUCGAGCCAAUUGGCAGCGACAUCAGGAGGCACAGCGGCGCCGGGAAGAGGAAAAAGUAGAACGUGAACGUGUCGCCUACGCGCAGAUCGACUGGCAUGAUUUCGUCGUAGUAGAGACGGUCGACUAUCAGCCCUUUGAGAGCGGAAACUUCCCACCGCCAACAAAUCCCGACGAAGUUGGUGCUCGUGUACUGAUGGAAGAACGAUUAAUGGAGGAAGAAGGCGACAUAGAAAUGCAAAUCGAGUCUGAUGAAGAGGAAGACUCUCCACUGGUUAGUCAUAUGGACAGUGGCGUUAAACUAUCGCAAAUGGAAAAUCGGGUGGGAAUUCAAAUGAAGAACUCUACAGCUUAUGGACAACCUUUGAGCACAAAUCGUGACAACACUCAGGUUCAAGACAUGGACGAGGCCUCUAGUGAUGAGGAUACGCCCACUACAAAAAUGCAGCCGGCUGUUGCGCCAAUGUUACCUCCUACCCACGACAAGGUCGUGGUCAAGAAAUACGAUCCAAAGGCGGCGCAAACAAAGCCGGUGCAAGCUCCUACAGAUGAGUAUCUAAUAUCUCCGAUUACUGGCGAGAAGAUUCCGGCUUCCAAGGUGUCAGAGCAUAUGCGUAUUGGCCUCUUGGAUCCACGCUGGGUCGAGCAACGGGACAAGCACACCGUGGAGAAGAUCAACCAAGACAAUGUCUUCGCAGCGGGAACGGCCAUUGAGGCCAGUCUGAAACAAUUGGCCGAACGACGUACCGACAUUUUUGGCGUAGGUGACGAGGAAACCGUCAUCGGAAAGAAGCUCGGGGAAGAGGAAACCAAAAAGGACGACCGCGUUACCUGGGACGGCCACACGUCCAGUGUGGAGGCAGCAACGCGGGCAGCUCGCGCCAAUAUAACACUUGAAGAUCAAAUACAUCAAAUCCACAAAGUCAAAGGUCUGCUGCAUGACGAAGAGAAAGAAAAAAUCGGACCGAAACCUGUGGGCAACAAAGCGACGUUGUCUGCUCCACCGCAGCCACCUACUAAGAACCAGCACAGCAGCAGUCAUCAGCACAGCCAAGCCCAUCAAGGCCAGCAUCAUCAAGGUGGCAUGCCGCACCACCACGCGCAGCACCAUCAUCAUCAGUCGCAGCAACAGCCGCCGUCGCUCCAUCAACACCAUCAGCAGCAGCAACAUGGCAUGUCUCAGACCUCUAAUCCAGUUAUGAUGAUGCAGAGACCGCCUAUGAUACCGACACCUUAUGGCGGUGGCUCCAGUGGGUACAUGGGUAUGCCACCCGGCAACAAUCCACAACAGAUUUCACCAGCACCUCCAGUCGAGCUGAUGCCUGUUGAGGAGGAGCCGCCUACUAAGAAGAUGCGCUCCGAAGAUAAUUUGAUACCCGAAGCAGAGUUCAUAGCCCAACACAAGAGUCCUGUGACCAUACAGGUGCAAGUGCCGAACACGGACAAAUCGGAAUGGAAGCUAAAUGGGCAGAUGAUUGCCAUUACCCUUGCGCUUACUGAUCCGAUUGCGAAUCUUAAAUCCAAGUUGCAGGACGAAACGGGAAUGCCCCCAGCAAAACAGAAAAUAUUCUACGAGGGUAUGUUCUUUAAGGAUAGCAAUACCAUGGCAUUCUACAACUUGCUAAGCGGCACUACGGUGCAUCUGCAGGUCAAAGAACGCGGCGGCCGAAAAAAGUAAGCAGCUUGCGCCCGAUGCUAGAAUACAUUUUCAAUAUGUCAAACUUUAUU